AAUAAUAAUGAAGAUUAUUAAAAAAAAACAAUCAUCUUCCAUGCAUAUGAGUAUGACCCCCUAAAUCAUAAUUAAUUGUUGACUUGAAACAAAAUCCAUCUUAUCCUAUGUGUAAUAAAAAUAUCUGACCACCAAAACAAACAAAAACAAAAACAAAAACAAAUAAAUAAAUUAAAUAGCAUCCCAAAAUGAUGGGUCAAACACACACACACACACACACACACUUAGUUUCUUUCUCUGUAUAAAACCAUCAGUCCCAUUCCCACUUCCCUUCUUCUUCUUCAACCCUCUUCCCUAAAUGUUAUCAAGAAAAACCAGUAGCUCCAAAUCCAAAACAAUGGAAGAAGUUUGGAAAGACAUCAAUCUUUCCUCCCUCCAAGACGAUUCUUCUCAUCCUCAAAUCAUCCCAUCUCGUUCUUCACGAGACCACUCUCAUAACAACACAAAUCCCUUCACUUUCCAAGAUUUUCUCGGCCGUCCUUUCCCCGCCGACCCUUCCGCCCCCGUCAACACCGCCGUCACUUCCUCCCCUCCCCCCACUAUCUUGAGCCUCAAUUCCGUACCCGAUCAGUUCCAUUUACUAGGGAAUAUCAACGGAUUCGAUCAACACCAAACCACCAAUAACCUAUCGUACGAUACAUUGCCUUGUUCCACUAGUUUGCCCCUUAUGGGAAAAAAAAGAUUCCCCGAACCACCACCAGAAUCAAAUCCUGGCGAUCGCCGGCAUAAGAGGAUGAUCAAGAACAGAGAAUCCGCCGCCAGAUCGAGGGCCCGAAAGCAGGCUUACACGAAUGAGCUUGAACUGGAAGUAGCCCAUCUCACACAAGAGAACGCUAGGUUAAAAAGACAGCAAGAAGAGAUAUGUUUAGCAGCAGCAGCUCAAGUACCAAAAAAGCAUAGUCUUCAUCGAACGUCAACUGCACCAUUUUGAUAAGAUGA